AUGUCUACUGCAUGUACCGAGGCUCCACGCCGACACACUUAUCGUGUUGGCAAAUGGCUUCCCGAAGAUGAUGAAGUCUUGAGAAAGUGGCUAGAGAACUUGAUCAAGCGUGUCGACAAAAAGAAAGCCAAAGGCGAACUUGAGGACCGCAGCCCCGUCAUCCAAGAGUUCGCCGAAUUGAUCGAGGGCGACUCUAUCCUCUUCAUGCUCUUCAACCUGAUGUUUACCCAGGUCCCAAACAAACCCCCUUACAACCUAGAUCCAAAUAAUGACCCGCAAGUCCGCGAUUACAACCACAUGCUCGACUUGUUCGACGCGAUCCUCACAACAGCACCAGACUACCAGACGGAAGGCUUGGUUGGCUUCCCUAUCAAUGCCAUCCUCGAUUGGCCCAUGGGCACUCCAGCCGGAUUUGAAGCGUUCCAUAACCCCAAGGUCAACGCUCAGUUCAAGAAGAUGCUGGCUGUGUGGGCAACCUAUCUUACCUCCCCGGCAUCGGCCAGCGUUCUUAACACGAGCGAGGACGGCUGGUUUGGCCCAGAGGCCGAGAAGGAAUCUGUGCUACAGAACUUCGCUACCACCUUUAUUUGCGACCCCACGAAGCAAUACUACGGCUAUGUAUCAUGGGACGACUUCUUCACCAGACUGUACCGUCCGGGCGUCAGGCCUGUCGAACAGCCAAACGACGAUAGGUUUAUCUGCAACGCAUGCGAAUCAGCGCCAUACGCCUUCGUACAGAACAUCAAGGAACGUGAUACCUUCUGGAUUAAGGGCCAGCCGUACUCGGUCACCGAUAUGCUGUCAGGGCCAGAUGCCUCUCCCUACGCUCCGCAAUUCGUUGGCGGAACCGUCUACCAGGCCUAUCUCAGCGCCCUGUCCUACCACCGCUGGCACAGCCCCGUCAACGGCACGGUGGUCAAGACAUGCAUCAUUGAGGGAACAUAUUACUCGGAGAGGAUCCAACACUGGCCUCCCCCAACCAGCACAAAGCCGGGGCCAGAUCCGGCGGCGCCAAACUUGUCCCAGGGCUAUCUCACGGAGGUUGCCACCCGUGGUCUCAUCUUCAUUCAAGCGGACAACCCAGAUAUUGGCUUGAUGUGCUUCAUGGCUGUGGGCAUGGCGGAGGUAUCCACGUGCGAUAUUGAGGUCGCGGCGGGUGACAAGCUGGUAAAGGGACAGGAGAUGGGAAUGUUCCAUUUCGGAGGAUCGUCGCAUUGUUUGAUCUUCCGCGGUGGCGUGAAUGUCAUCUCGAACAUCCCCGAGCCACUAGGCCCAGAUUCCACACCUCUCCCGCUCAGUUCGGCCAUCCUUUUCGUCCCCGCUGCUACUGAUGGACAGUAA